AUGAAAUGCACGGUCAUCUUCCAGCGCGCGGUCUUAUGCCUCAUCCAGACAGACAACUCGGAGCUGGCGGAGUUUUUCGGCGAGCUGAAGCAGGAGGGUGCAGCACAAAAGCGGAGAAGACCACAGAGCCGGCAGUACCCUCGAGCUCCACAUCGCGAUCACUUCAACGAGCAGGCGCCCCGGGAGUUCUCCUUACUGAUUUCUUUAGCAAGACAGGUGAUCAGGCAGGAGGAAGAGAUCAAAGUGCUCCGACAAGAUCAUGCGCUGAUCUUCUUUAUGAAGCCGGGCGAGCACAACAUGUUGUGCCAUUUGUACCGCACAGCCCAGCAAUUUCAGAAGAAACAAAGCGAGAACCCGGGAUGGACGCCUGGACAGCAACCUCUGAAGGCGAUCAUGGCGGCGGCGGUCUUCAACGAGCUAGGCAUCAGGCUGGACCCGGCCUGCAAGGAAGAGGACUUUGCACUUGCACGAGAUCCAGCGGUCGGCUGGAAGUUCCAGUACUGGGACCCGGCGGUCAAACACCUGGUCGAGGACAAGUCCCGCAAGCCCAUCACGGAUCAGGAGGUGGCCUCGCACUUGCAGAAGCUCACUCAGCUUCUGUUGCUUCCGGACUUGGUGCAUCGCUUCGGCUGCAAAAGGCGCCUCACCGAAACCAUCUACGACAUUCUCGAUGGACCUGCCAUCCGAACGCCUCAGAGUCUGGAAGCCUGGGGCUCGCUGUUGGCUCUUCAGGGAUGUACUGUUCUUCAGUUGGGCGGCAUUGCAUACAGGAAGGAGACCUUCAAGCCCAGCCCGGGCAUUGUCAAGAUCAAGGAGAUGCUGGUUCUCACCAACAGCGGCAAUGCUUGCUACAUGAACUCGGUCGUUCAGGUCUUCUACUGGCUACUUGUACUCCGGCCAGCUUAUUUGGCAACCAUGGGGGCAGGACGCACCUUCUUUCAGGCACUGCAGACUCAUCACUGUCACAACCCCAAGAACCUCCUGAAGGACAAGCACUGGCGUGCUUUAAUUGAGGGGUGGCGAGACCAUCACCGGCAACACGAUGUCGCUGAGUUUUUCUCUUUCCUUUGUCAGACACAUGCCAUCGAUCUGUUCCAGGGGCAGUGGGAAGCUCGCCGGAUUUAUCAGGGGCAACUCCAAGUACGCGACACGGCGCUAUGUACUCAGCCAGUGACACUCGUACUGCUGCGAACACGCCCGGGUCUCGAUGUGCGCAUCCAGGUACAGUCGCUCUUGGACUAUUGGUCGGGGGCGCAAAAGGCGGUCCACGCUUUUUCGGCUCCACACCCAGUGCUAACCUUUCAAGUGGAGCGCUUCCACAAGUCGAAUGAUCGCAUCACCAAGCGCAGGGACCCGAUCGAUGUGGAUCGCGACCUCGCGAUCCCCAUUUUUGCAGGAGACCAGAUGCAAGUUCGAGUCAUGCGAUAUCAGCUGGUGGCAACAUCACUCAUCAUGGCAUGCAUCCACAGACGGGCCAUGACACGGCACAACUGUUCGCAGGGUCUCACAUGUGGAGCUGCGAUGACAAUCGCAGUGGGAGACAUGAGCGAGCUCUGUCACCAACGCAAGCUAGUGAUUGCUAUCUGCUGA